UUAGUCUUGUUGUAGGUGCUGGACUCUUGGCAUAGGUUGUGCUGAAUCAUGGGAUAUGAAACAAAGCAUGGCUGGGCGAAACUGACAACUAAUGAAAUAACUUUGUGGGGCAUCAAAAGAAAAGGGAGGGUAGAAUAGAGAGGAUGAGGAUGGUGAUGUGUGUGUUUGGCUGGUGUUUCUUCUGCCCUCCCAGUGCCAGCCAGCCAGCCUAUUGGGAACUGCCUAUGAAUGCGUUCAGGUCAUAGAAAAGUUUUGGCAGAGUUUCCGCCCCUAAGCUUACAGUAUAUAUUGAGCCUGUGAUGCCACCCCACAGCGACUGGCAUCCCGGAGCUGGUAAGUGAACACUGCAUAUUUAAUUUUACAAAACCAUCUUAUUUGCACACACUUUUUGUGCUACAUUAAAUUAUGUACUAUUUAUUUGAAAGUAAUAAUUAUUGCUUACUUCUUAUAUUUAACGUCACGUCUCUACAAAGCUCAUCACACCCAUCCUGGUUCACUAUGGCAACUGAUCACCAGAACCCUGCAACCAAGCAAAAGCUACCGGUGCCCAGUGCAUUCAAGUUGGUAAUCUACGAGCAGGAAAACUUCCAAGGCCGCUGUCAUGAGCUGACUGGGCCCUGUAAUAACCUCCAAGAGGCGGGCAUGGAGAAAGUGGGCUCAAUACUGGUUCUGUGUGGACCGUGGGUGGGAUAUGAGCAGCCCGGCUGUAAAGGGGAACAGUAUGUGUUCGAGAAGGGUGAGUAUCCUCGCUGGGAUGCCUGGACCAAUAGCAGACGCAGUGACUGCAUCUUCGCCUUCCGCCCCAUUAAAGUGGACAGCCAGGAACACAAGAUCAUGCUGUAUGAGAACCCAAGCUUCGCUGGGAAGAAGAUUGAGAUCAUAGAUGACGAUGUCCCCAGCUUCCAUGCCCAUGGAUACCAUGAGAAAGUCUCAUCAGUUCGUGUGCAGAGUGGCACCUGGGUGGGUUAUCAGUACCCAGGAUACAGAGGCUAUCAGUACUUGUUCGAGAAAGGAGAGUAUAAGGAGUGUUCUGAGUUCGGGGCUGUGCUGCCUCAGAUUCAAUCCGUGAGGCGCAUUCGUGACAUGCAAUGGCACCAGAGAGGGGCUUUCCACGCCUCUAACUAAUCCACCAGCACAUCUCUUCACCCUUCAGCUUCUGACACUCUUACCCUACUCUUCAUCCCUGAAUGCUGAUCUUUCAUGCCUCUUUA